CGACCUUUAGACCAUAAUAAAAUAGAGAACCUCUGAGAGACAACAAAGUGGAAACCAGAAAUGAAAUGAAGCAUCAAAAUGCGCGCAUAACGUGAAGCUAACAAUAGCUUACGAUACUGAUUAUUGUGGUCGCGACGACAUCACCGAUUUUCAAGAUGAGAUUCCUGUCGAACGUUGUUGUGAACGCGUACAAACACUUGGCGAUAGGUGGCAAUCUGCCGGUUUGCACCGUCAACUGGAGAAAAAUGGCGUCCGAGGUAGAGAAGGCGCAAUCUGCUGCGCCGGAAGGCGACACAAUUUUUGGAAAGAUAAUACGUAAAGAGAUUCCGUGCAACUUUAUUUACGAAGAUAGCCAGUGUGUCGCAUUUGAUGAUAUAAAUCCUCAAGCACCUGUGCACUUCCUGGUGAUUCCACGAAAGCCAAUUUCACAACUUUCUAAAGCUCAAGAUGAGGAUGAACCCUUACUUGGUCACCUGAUGAAUGUUGCUCACAAAAUUGCAAAGCAAAAAAAAUUGACAAACGGAUUUCGCUUAGUUGUCAAUGAUGGAAAACAGGGUGCACAAUCUGUAUAUCAUCUGCAUCUGCAUGUUCUUGGUGGUCGACAAAUGGAAUGGCCACCUGGCUAAUGUGUUGUAUGUUUAAACGUAUGUGAUCAUUAUAAAGCCUUUACUUCUUGUCAAUAAAGUGUUAAAAAUAAAUAUUAAAGGAUAUUGCAUGAAAAAUAUAUUUCAUCAAUGAUAUAUGUUAAAAGCAUACACGUACGAUUAUGUAUUAUAGAAUAUUAGGGAGACUGAUUAAAAAUAAUACCAGUAAUA